AUGCUUCAUCUAGGUGCCACAGAUGAGAAACAUGAAACUUUUAGAUUUGGAUACGAUUACAUACUAGAUAUUGUUCUCAACUCAAAAAUAAUCGCAGACGCUACGGCUUCUAUAGAAAAGGCAGUACGUGAGAUCAUACCUACUGCGGACCUUUUGCAAGCUUGUGGAAAUCAAAUGAAAUUCGGUCUCUUCAAAAUGUUGCCCAGCAAGUUAGAAAUUCGACUUCAAGGAUUUGAAAUUGAAGAAUUGGGCAAUUCCAUCUACUUGAGCAGCUCCGAAAAAUUAAAUGAAUCGGUUCAGAUUGUCUUCCCGAUAUUGCUGUUGCUUCUGGCUACUUCGCUUCUAUAUGUGGAAAAGCUUCCAAAUGUUAGUAAAGCGGAAAACAUAUCGUUGGAUAUAUACAAACCUGGAAGCUUUAUCAUUUUUGGAGCAAAGGAGAUUACUUACGAAGUUUACAAAGUUUUGAGGACCCUUUCUGCGUAUCCAAGCAUCGAGGUACAGAUAUGUAGUUCAAUUGAUUGCCUUGAACGGACGUCAGAGUGGUAUAUGCUUGCCGGUGCCGUUGUUUUAGGAUGUGAAUGGCAUCACACUAAAGAAAAGCACAUUUGCAAUUUACAAUCGUCUCUAGCAACUGAUACAAACCAGACUUCUAACAGCUUAAUGUGGACACAGUUCUUACCUCAGGACGUUGAUCAUGUGACUAGAGAACUUUGGUUUGCUUCGGACACUUUCUUCGGUCUACCUUCUCUUUUGCAGCUAUUCAAGCACUUCUAUUAUAGUGAAGUUGAACAACAGCUCAUUGUGGAUAUUGAGCUUAAAAAAUAUCAGCAAGGUGUGCAAGAAGCAGCAUGGAUUACACAGCUGGUGGCCGCUGCUCUAAUAUCAUUUUUUGCAAGUGGACCACUACAUGAAAGGAAAUCUUUGUUUAAAAAACAGCAAUUCAAAGCAGGUGUUUCUGCGCUUCUGUACUGGAUCACACAGUUUGUCUUCGACUUUAUUCUUAUCGUGAUAGCAAUUUUAGGGCUCUUUAUUAUUUCAAUAGCCAUCGGGCUUUAUCAAACUGCAAUAUUUUUGUAG